UUGACUUGGCUUUAUCUUCACCGGUACGACACAAGGGGGGAUCAUUUCGUCCUGUUCCAGACGGUCGUGAUUGCUGCUCUGUAUUCCGCUCUGCGCUGGGUCGCCGGGGAAGACGCGGUCAGGCGCCCGUGGUGGCUGUCCGCAUUUAUCUACGCUUCAUACGCGUCGUCUGCGUUGGCUUGCGUGAUCGCCUACCGACUUUCUCCGUUUCAUCCACUCGCAUCCUAUCCCGGACCUUUGCUAUGGCGAGUGAGCAGCCUGAGACUGUCGCAAGUCUCCUUGGGCGGCAGGCGACACUUCAUCCUCGACGACCUGCACCGGAAAUACGGAAAGUUCGUGCGGAUAGGACCGAACACUCUGUCGAUCAACGGUCCUGUCUCUCACUUGAUCUACGGUGCAGGAUAUAGCAUGGAGAAGGCCGACUCGUACAAAGCUCCGGGGCAUCCCGAUAUGACGUCCCUGUUUUUCAAGAUUGAUAAGUCCAAGCACGCCCAGCGCAAGAAGGCGCAAAAAGCGGCAACUGAUCCAGGGCCCAACAGCGUAUCGGUGUUCCUUCCCAUGCUCGAGCGACGCUCCUGGGAGCUCAUGAGCCACAUCGAGCGCCGUCAAACCGAGAAGGGCGUCAACAUGUCCGAUCUGUGCUGCCACUGGGCUUAUGACUUUAUGUGCGAUAUGGUCUUCGGAGGCAGCAACAAGCUCGAAAUGAUGGCGAACGGAGAUCCACAGCGUCUAGUGGAAGGAGGGAAGAUGGCAACCGUCCUCGUCGACAGGUGCACGAUGAGACGCCUCCAGAUUCGAGCCGCGGAGAUGAUGCGUAACCGCAUCCGUCGAACCAAGGAAGUCGAGAUCAGAGAUCUUUCCUCUUACCUGCUCGAGGGAGACUCGGGCACCGGUCGGCAAAUAUCCUUGCUCGAUCUCGAAUGGGAGGCAAUAGUGGCUAUGCAAGGCGGUCGGUUUACG